AUGCUGAUUCGGUGGAAGAGCAAAGAUAAAAGCUCGUCAUCAACGUCGUCAUCGUCGAGCACAUCGAAAAAGAAACGAAAAGGAAGAGAUAGCGAGGAUGACUGGCAAAAUGAUAAAAGCAACAGGAACCAGCCGACCGAUCAAGCAGCGAUCGAUGACAGGCGACGAUCGGCUCGCAGCAGGGAGGAUCCCCGGCGACAUACGCUCGGGGGCGAUAUGCUACAGUACCAGGCCCAAACGCAACCGCCAAACAUUCAACGAUCGCUUGAUUUUGAGGUAAGCGGUGAAGCGCCAUACCCAACACAGACCCCACAGAUGCGCGUGUAUACACCGACGAAUCAAGGUCCACUGUUCGACGAUGAUCCGGGCAUCAUGUCCGAGGCCGAAACGGCGAGCACCGGCUUUCGGCGGGGUGGCAAACAACGGUCAUCUUUGCCGGUCGUAAGAACACCGUCGAAAACACUGGAAAGGCCGCUCGGGUUGGUAUUUUUGCAAUAUCGCUCGGAAACGAAACGUGCACUGCUACCGAACGAAAUCACGUCCAUCGAUACGGUGCGGGCACUGUUUGUGCGAUCCUUCCCGCGGCAGCUAACCAUGCAGUACCUCGAGGGUCCGAACGUGAAGAUAUACAUUCACGAUUCGAGCAAGGACAUGUUCUACGAACUGGAGGAUGUUAGAUCGCACCUGCGGGAAAUCCGUGAUCGUUCCGUGCUGCGGCUGUUCGAGUCAAACGAAGUGAGCGCACCUCAGGUCCUGCCCGGUGGACAAAAUAUCCCACAGCCUCUGCAACCGGCAGCAAUUCCAAACCAGUGGGAUCAAGAGCAGAGCUAUUUCAGUGAGCCAGAAUUCGAUUCGGAGUAUCAACAUCAACACAUUCACAAAAGCAAGGUAGGCAAGCAACCUACAAAAACCCCAUAUUAUGUUGGUACAACCCAAACGUUACCCAGAGGAAUGUACUCGGAUCGAAACAAGGGAGCAAUAGAUGGAUACAUGAGUUCGCCGGAACGUAGUGGAGCAUCUCGUGGAGCGUACGAAGAGCCUUACUACAGCCAAUACGGUACACGUUCCACGACCGUUACACCGAUUAUCGAUGAAGAACAAGGGGAUAUAUCGAUUGCGGAUGAUCAGUACGCCAUGUAUGGAGUGAAGAAUGUUGGACGAAUUCCACGAGUGCCACCAAACCAGAUGUACGAUCACACGAGAUCCGAAGAUCUUCAUAGAAUACGUGUCGAGCAUAUGGAACGCCAGUUGGCCAACCUUACCGGACUGGUCCAGAAAGCACUCACGCAAAAUCCUCAGCUACCGCCAGUUAACAACAACCCAAAUAUUCUAAACAUCCCUGGACAAUAUCGUAAUGCUACUGGAGAUGGUACAGUUUGCACGCGCGAAAAGCCACCAAAAUUGGGAAAAUCAACAUGUCACAAAUCGGUUUCGUUUGAAAAGUCUGUUUCCUUCAGUGACGACAUUCAGGGUGUGCCGAAAUCUCACAGCCCCCAACAUUCCGCAGACACAAAACCUCCGAAACCGGCGAUUAAAUCUUCAACCUUACCAAGAACCUCAUCACAGGAACGCGAUCGACUAAAACCACCACCACCUCCAAAGCCUCUGGUAAUGAUAGCGGGAAACCAGUACCGCACAGAUCUAACACUCGCACCGGAAGUCUAUAAUCAACUGCGUGGCUUACAAAAGAAAGCUAUGGAUCUGCGUACGGAGGUCCGCACACUGCGCCGGUUAACGCAAACGCAGGCUGUCGCUGUGCGGGAGGAUAUUAAGGAUACGUUUAUGAGAAUACGUGCAACUUUGCUGUCGAAUUCGGGCUUCGUUUGGGGUCAAGGCGAUAAGGAAAGGACAAAUCUUACUAGAGAAGAAGAAAUCUAUAAACAAGAAGUGAUCCGAUUGGAAAAGGAUUUGGCCGACCUGGAAUCAUCGGUUGAAGGUCUAAGAGGUGAAGUAAUCAACAGAAGAACCCGCGUCAAUAUGGUCGCCGUCGAAGAUAUGGCACUAGUGCUCAGUCGUGCAAGUAAAACUGUUGCUGAGCUGAAAAUGCGUUUCCCAGUUUUGCAACAAGGGUUAAGAAAUCUCAUUUCCAACGAAAUGGAGCACGUUUGUCGGGAGGAAGCGUUCCUCAAAGAUGAACCCGAUCGGCUAGAAAAUGCUCUAAGGCGAUGUAAAAAAUUAACCGGCACACUUGUAACGCUCAAAAGACUUGCGAGCGUGCAGGAGCAACGAUUACCCAUACCCGACACGACGGGCACGGAUGAAACGAUCAAACCGCCGGAAACACACAACAACGUGAACAAGUUCAACUGGCGAUGGAGUUCUAACUUCAAAGAGGCGAUCACUGAGUAA